CUAGGGUUUGAUGAUCAAAACCAGCAGAGAUCAUCCGCAUUCAGACAUCGAGACACCAACCCCGAUUCUAUCAUUUUCACCGUCGAAUCCAACUUCAGCCUCUUCUCUUCCACUUUCGAUAGCAUUAAUCAUUGCUCCGUUGCUUCCGAUGUUCACGAUCACGACUCUUUCGUGUCUCAACUCACUCAGGAGCACCAAGAUGUUGAUAACAAUUCAAUUGUGAAAGGAAAUCCUCUGGUAACUGAAGAUUGUUCCUCUGCAACAUUAAAUCGUAAGUGCAUUCUUGAUAUUGAUUUAGCAAUGUUUGGUGGUGAACUAUUGUGCCAGGUUGUUGAAGAUGGAGAUUAUGAUCUUGCUCGAGUGCUAAUUGGAAAUAAGAAAAGGCUCGAGAGUGAUAAAAGCUUGUUCCAUUUUUAUAAGCAUUUCAUCGGGUAUCUUUUUUUUUAUUUUUUUAUGUUUUUAUUUUUUGAUCAGCGAAAAAAGAGUAAACCUAUGAAGAAAUGGAAUAUGCUAUGGAUAUCCUUUCAAAGGCUGCUUUUCUUUGUAUCAUUUCAAUAUCUUUUUUAUGUAAAAGCUCUUUCCAAGCAGAUCAGAUUCCACAGCUCUUCUUGUCCAUGCCUUGCAGCUGAGACCCGAAAAAAAGCAGUCGAAAGGAGAUGUUGUCUAUGUCAUGGAUAUGUCUCACCAACAUGGGGCAUUGAAAUGGCAUAUCCAUUCUCAUAUAUUCUCUUCUCUUUGUUUUUGCUUAAUUUUUUUUUCCCCUUCUUAUAAUUUUUUUUUUUCUCUUUAGAUGCAAACCUAGUAGUGUGGAAGUAUUUGGAGUAUUUGGAUCAGAGAGUUGCAAGACAGUACUUAAGUUUUCACUGCCAACAUUGGUGAAUUAAUUUCGAAGUGCCUAUAUUUGAAUUAGUUUAGCAA